AGCAGCUCAGUGGUGCUAGCUGCUAGGCUAACUGGUUCAGUUGGUAAUCUGUCAGCCUGGAGCUAAAAGCAGGCACACUGCUGGGCUCUACACUCUUCCGGAUUACUCUCCUUUGAUGGCUGAAGAAGACCCUCUGAUGUGACUUGGCGCUUGUGAUUGAGGACAGACACACUGCCCAUGCUGCCACACUAGAUAUGCUGUCACUAUGCUACUGAGAGAAGAAUGACAUUUGUCUCAUUUUAAUUCCUGGAGCUGCCUCAGGCGGAGUUGAGGCUUGAUUAAAAAGCUGCUGCUCUAAGCCAAGUUGGUCUUUUUCUCAGCCUAUUUCUUUGCACUGCUGCAGCCUGGGUAGCAAACUGUUAUGGCACUGGAGGCCAACUGAGCAAAAAGGCAUUCUGGCUGUACUGGAGGAUUAGACUGUGCUGUGGGAGUGGGGACUGGACCAGGAGAGCAGGCCCACAGUGACACACAUCAUGCUGUGGGGACACUAGGCUCCCUGUUUGAGCCCCUUCUGUGUGGCGUUUGUUUUUUUCUUUUCCUGCAGUCUCAUUGGUUUGGAUGGUUGAGCACAAGGGCUACUUUGAAGGAGCCCACCGGUGGCUGUGGUUUGGCCAAAGCUGACCGACUGCUUGCCAGCCAUUGCUGAUUUAGUACCCUUGUCCACUGCUGCCACUCGCUGUAGCCUGCUUCGCUGUGGUCUCCAGUAUGGUGAGUGGAGGCUGGAGGCAACGUAGUAGCGGAGCUGAACCAUCAAUACUGGUGUAGCUGCUUAUGUUCCAUCAUUUUUUUUUCUGCACUGUGAAGGAUUGCAUUCCAGUUUUCAAGGACUUGUUUCUCUGUGCUGGAAAAAACACAGCCAAGGUCAUUUUUUAAUUUGUAAACCCCGGAAAGAAGACUGCACCAGAGGAGGAUGAAGUUGAGGAAACAGGUGACGGUGUGUGGAGGGGCCAUAUUCUGUGUGGCUGUAUUCUCACUGUAUCUGAUGUUGGAUCGAGUCCAACAUGACCCUGCAAGGCGGCAGAACGGCGGGAACUUUCCCCGGAGCCAAAUCUCAGUUCUGCAGAACCGGAUAGAGCAGCUGGAGCAGCUCCUCGAGGAAAACCACCAAAUCAUCAGCCACAUAAAGGACUCUGUGAUGGAGCUCACAGACACAGGAGCUGUGUCUCCCAGCGGCCACCUGCCAUUCAGAAGUGCCAAUGGUUCUUGGGUCCUACCCUUCGACGGCCGUCCCACUUUCCUCGCUGUCAAGCCCCAGGAUUGCCAAGCUGCUUUAGGCAGCCACGGUCAAGCUGACGUUCAGAUGCUGGAUGUGUACUCCAUCCUCAAGUUUGACAACCCUGACGGCGGCGUGUGGAAACAGGGCUUUGACAUUACUUACGAGCCUGAUGAGUGGGACAAUGAACCUCUUCAAGUGUUUGUGGUCCCCCACUCCCACAAUGAUCCAGGUUGGAUCAAGACUUUUGACAAGUACUUCACAGACCAGACGCAACAUAUUUUAAACAACAUGGUGGUGAAGCUGGCUGAGGAUCCUCGCAGGAAGUUCAUCUGGUCUGAGAUUUCAUUCUUCUCCAAGUGGUGGGAGACCGCAGACAUACACAAGCAGGAGGCAAUGCGCAAACUGAUCCUUGAAGGCCAGCUAGAGAUUGUCACAGGAGGCUGGGUUAUGACGGAUGAAGCCAACGUUCACUACUUUGCCAUGAUAGACCAGCUCAUUGAAGGACACCAGUGGCUAGAGAGAAAUCUAGGUAUAACUCCUCGCAGUGGGUGGGCGGUAGACCCUUUUGGUCACAGUGCUACCAUGUCCUAUCUGCUGAAGAGGGCCAACCUGACCAGCAUGCUCAUCCAGAGGGUCCACUACUCCAUCAAAAAACACUUUGCUUCCACCCGCAGCCUGGAGUUUAUGUGGAGGCAGGCUUGGGACACCGGAUCAAACACGGAUAUCUUCUGCCACAUGAUGCCAUUCUACAGCUACGACGUGCCUCACACAUGCGGGCCAGAUCCUAAAAUCUGCUGCCAGUUUGACUUCAAGAGGUUACCAGGUGGUCGAAUAAACUGUCCCUGGAAGGUGCCACCAAAAAUUGUGGUGGAGGCCAAUGUAGCAGAGAGGGCGAACGUGCUCCUGGACCAGUACCGUAAAAAGUCCAAACUCUACCGCAGCAAGGUGCUUCUUGUCCCUCUGGGAGAUGACUUCCGCUACGACAAGGCCCUGGAGUGGGAUCAGCAGUACACCAAUUACCAGAAGCUUUUUGACUACAUGAAUUCUCACCCAGAGAUGCACGUUCAAGCUCAGUUUGGGACUCUCACAGACUACUUCAAUGCUGUAUACAAAGCACAUGGAGUGGCCCAGGGGUCCAGACCUGCUGAUUUCCCAGUGCUCAGUGGAGAUUUCUUUGCCUAUGCAGACCGGGAAGACCACUACUGGACUGGCUAUUUCACCUCCCGGCCCUUUUACAAGAGCCUGGAUCGUGUGAUAGAAUCACAUCUAAGGGGGGCAGAGAUCCUCUACAGCCUGGCGGUUGCAAACGCCCGGCAUGUGGGCAUGGAAGGGCGCUACCCGGUUUCAGAUUAUGCCCUGCUAGUCGAUGCGAGGCGUUCUGUUGGCCUCUUCCAACAUCAUGAUGCCAUCACCGGCACUGCGAAGGAGAAUGUUGUCAUUGAUUACGGCACCAAAUUACUGCGUUCACUCAUUGGUCUGAAGAGAGUAAUCAUCAAUGCUGCUCACUUCCUGGUGAUGAAAAACAAGGAGUUUUAUCGCUUUUAUCAAACGGAGCCCUUCCUGGAGACGGAUGACAGGCGUGCUACACAAGACUCUCUGCCUCAGCGCACUUUAAUCGAGCUGGACCCAGCAGGCCCGAGGUACCUGGUUCUCUUUAACCCCAUUGAACAGGAGCGCCUAUGCGUGGUGACUGUGUUGGUCAACACGGUCAGGGUGCGGGUGCUUACUGAGGAUGGACAGACCCUCCCUGUGCAGCUGAGUGCUCAGUGGAGCUCUGCAAGUCAAAUGAGCGCCGAGGUGUUUGAGGCGACAUUUAUGGUCCGUCUGCCGCCGCUGGGCCUGGCUGUGUUCCAUCUUUACGACUCUCCGGACUCACCCAUGACGCUCCGCUCCGACACCCUGCUCAGGCUGUCCGGUCGGGGCGUCACUGCGAGAGCUGCGGAUCCGCUACCUGUGCGCUCUCAGCAGUCCGACUCUCAGACCUUCUACAUCAGCAGCCAGUCUCUCACUCUGAGCUUCUCUGGAACCACCGGCCUGCUGGAGAGCAUCAAGCGCAAGGAUGAUCCUCAGGAAGUUAAAGUUCAGAUGCAGUUCAUGGUCUACGGCACCCGUUCCUCUAAAGACAAAAGUGGAGCUUACCUCUUCCUGCCGGAUGGAAAGGCAAAGCCAUACAACCAGAAAGAGCCGCCCGUGGUGCGCGUCGUGGAGGGGCCGCUGUUCUCGGAGGUGGUGGCACACUACCAGCACUUUCAGCAGACCAUUCGCAUACACAAUGUGCCAGGGGUGGAUGGCUUGUCUAUAGACAUCACCACCACGGUGGACAUUAGAGAUCAGACCAAUAAGGAACUGGCAAUGCGACUGGUCACUGACAUCCAGAGUGGAGAUGUCUUCUACACAGAUCUCAAUGGCUUCCAGAUGCAGCCUCGUCACCACCACCUUAAGCUUCCCCUUCAGGCCAACUUUUAUCCCAUGCCCAGCCAGGCGUACAUCCAGGACAGCCAUCACCGCCUCACGCUGCACACAGCUCAGUCCCUGGGUGUCACCAGCCUGGAGAGUGGCCAGCUUGAAGUGAUUAUGGACCGGCGGCUGAUGCAGGAUGAUAACCGUGGGCUGGGUCAAGGCCUGAAGGACAACAAGAAAACAGCCAACCGCUUCCGGCUGCUGCUGGAGAGGAGAUCAACGGGCAAUAAGAUGAUGGACAGCGCAACAACCAGCUUCCCGUCCAUCCUCAGUCACAUGACCAACUCCUUCCUGAACCACGAGGUCUUGGCGCUGCCUGUCCUGCCCAAACGACGCGGCAUCCCUCCUCUGCAAACCUUCGCCCCUAUCAAGUCCAUCCUCCCAUGUGACUUCCACCUGCUGAACUUGCGCAGCAUCCAGAGCCAGCAGGACGCCAACUCUCCGUCUCCGUACACAGCCUUGAUUCUUCACCGUCUGGCGCUGGACUGUGGUCUGGAGGCAACCAACCUGGGCUUCAACUGCACCACCACACAAGGACAGCUCAGCGUAUCGGGAUUGUUCAAGAAUCUGGACCUGCAGCUGCUCCAGCCCAUGUCCCUGACUCUGAUGCACUCCAGCACGCCUCUGGCCAACGACUCCACCAUCAGCCUGGAUCCCAUGGAGAUCUCCGCCUUCAAGCUCAAGCUGCGCUAAGAGCCGUCCCUACUAAAAGAGGCAAUAAAAACCCACCAGACUCCUUGGACCAAGAACCAGGCCCAAGCCGGCCACAGUGUGGUAACAGAGUGGGCGGUCUGGGUCUCUCUGUUUUAUCAAGCAGAACCACAAACACUACAGCUCGGACAGGACGGUACCACUGUAACAGGACUGACUGCACAGCAGGGGGCAGGCGAUAGCUGUUACUGUGGACGUCCCUGAGAGCAGCAAAACCCGGGUGAACUUGCAGCUGUUGCAAAACAAGAAAGACUGCCAGAAUCAGUCACCAGAUACAACCGGGCGUCUGUUUGUCUCUGUAAUCGAAAAAUGAAAUCUCAUUUAGUUCUGCUUUGUAAGAACUCGUGUCUUUUUCUAUCUUUGCUCCAUCCUGGACUGAACUACUGAAUGUAAAUAUCCCAAAUGACGGGAGGGAGGGGGCUGGGACUUGUGCCACAUCAGAGUGCAAUUUAUGAAGCUUUAUUUGGUGUAUGGGUUUAUAAUUUUUUUUUCAUGUAUGCAAUGAAGAAGACACAUCACAGUGGUCUGUUUUUUUUUUUUUUUUUUUUUUUUAAAAUGUAAUUGUCAGUCAAAUAAUUUUAUUUCGACAGACUCGAAUGCAGCAAAGAGAAUGUGUGGUCUCUUCAUCUCAGCUUGCGACGAGACCCAAGCUGCAGCUCUUGAAGCUAUCUUAUGUCUGAGUCCAAGAGUCCCACGUGGGACACUACGCGAUAACAAUGUGAUCAUUAAUCAUAUCGGAUGACUGUUUACCUUCUGUUCGCUGGUUUUGCCUGUAGAUAGUGGGAAGACUUUCUUUUCUUCACUUCUUUUUCCCUUCCUGAGCUUCCUCUUCGCUGAUGAGACAACUGUGCAUCUCAAAGCCCCUGUCCGUCAUUCCUGUACAUGUACUUCACUGCUGAGAGCAUGGUUUUGUGUACCAUACUAUAUGCAGUAGAAGACUAGACCAAGACUUUACCUCAUAUACACCAUAUGGCAAAUAUAUCAGUAUGUAUGUGUGUGUGUGUGUGUGCGUGUGCGCGUGUGUGUGUCUGUAGAGUAUGCCCAUGUGAAUAUUUGAGGGUUUAAUUUUGGGGUGUAUUGAGGUUACAGUGCACACUUUCAGGGACCAUUCAUAGUACUGUUAGACAUCAUCAGUUUGGGUGUCUGUGUCGAGCUGUGGGUCACAUCAUUGUAAGACAGAGGAUUAAAAGAUCAGAAACGAAAGGGUUAGUUCACCCAAAAUUACAAAAAGCGGUGUGUGGCGAUGCAGAUAGAUUUGGUUUUGAGACAUCCGACUGGAACUGCCACUAAUGAUUGUUUUUAUUAAGUCCAUAAAAUGACUGAAAACGGUGAAGAUGCCCAAGGUUGUUUUAAAUCACUUGUUUUGUACAAGCAGCAAUCCAAAUGCUAGACAUAUUAAAGGUUUUUCAAAGUGUUUAAGCUAGAAAGUAGCACUCAUCAUUCGAGAAGCUGGAAGAGUAUUUGGCCUAUUUGUUUAGUAAAUGAUACUCAACGAUGGAUGACGUGAUUUUGAAAGCUUUUGACAAUUUCCUCUUGAUUGUUUCAGCAAUACAUCUGUCUCUGAGAUUUCUGCCUCUACACCAAUAUAAUGAAGCUGAAUGGAAUUUAAUGUGUUUUUCAAUGCAGUAAAACUGUUGACAACUGUUUUUUUUUCAGACAAAGUGUCACUGUUAAUUCUGGAUAUUCUAUAGACCUUGAUUUGAAGCAGUUUCACUGGAACUAACUUCUACUGCAAUUCCAUGCUAUACAUACUAAUUCUAAGUAACAGAAACAGACAUUAUGCAUACUAAAAACACACCUUUUCAAGUCGGUUGACAACACAGUUGCACAAAAUGAACACUGUGUGGACGGUGGUGAAAUAGCUCAAGGAACACGCCAGAAAACAAAUGCAUAAAUAAAUUACUUGAAGCUCCGGAAAAAUAUUCUACCGUCCAUGUAUAAUUGACAGUCGUUCUAAAGUCGCAGGUUGGUUACUUUUUUGGCAGGAUGCACCAUUGCAUGAUUUUUUGCUUAUAUAAAGCUGUUAAGUAUAUUUAUUUUUUGUAUAUUAACUACACAAAAGUAUACUAUGAAGACUGGUAUAUAACAUAUCUAACUAUUAGUGUGAAACUGCGACACAGCAAUGUGUCAAAAGUGUAGGUGGGGGACUGUUUUUGGAACAUGUUGCUGUUUUUAUUUUAUUUUUUUAAAUGAAAUUGUUGUGUUACCACUAGUGGUAGAAAUCUCAGAGGAAUUUAUUUUAGAAACAUUAAAAAAACCAAAACUAUCUGCAUGUCAAAAUACCACUAAGUUAUCAGUGACUGAGAAAAUAAUAUAUUUUUGUAAUUUGGGUGUACUGGCCCUUUUUUAAAGUAAGUUUUCUCAAACUAUACACAAGGAUCCUCAACACAGAAGAAAAAAAAGUUUCUUCAAAUGAGUUGCAGUUAAGAAAAAGAAAAAAAAAAAAAUCAGCUCCACUGUGCUUUUUAUCCCGAGGCUGUCUCGAGGCACUCAGCCUUUUUCUGGUGCACAUCUGCCUCCACAGCGGCCGUGGAGGAUGUUGUCAUCCGUGUCCAAAGCAGAGGCCGGGCAUCCCACAGCUCACCUGUGUCACACUUUGUACUGCGCCACCAUCUCAUCCCGCCCUGCUCCACUGUGUCCCAUCACUUUAAGCACUCAUCUUCAUUUUUCCACAGGAGGACUGCUGCUUUGUUGCCCUCCUCCUCUGGCCUGCUGUCUGGUCUGCCAUAGCUCAAUACAUUCUGCUUUCUCUCUCCACUGUGAGCACUGCAGAUCCCCUCUCUCCCCUCCUUACAGCUGCUGUUAAUAUUUCUGUAAGACCAGAUUUCACUGCAUCUUAAAUUGCACUUUCUCUUGCUGUCUAACAUUUCCAUAACCUUCUCUCCUGCUGUGUCGUUGUGCGUCUCUGUGUCAAUGUCUUUUCUUUUUUUUUAGUAUGUGAUAUAUGUUGUAGCGCUGUUUUUGUUUGUUCAAAGGUAAUAUAUGAAGGCAAGGUCUCUUCUGUAUUUGUUUAUUGAUGAUGGAUUAAAGCUGCAGUAGAACAGAGGAGAUGGGGGAUUAAAUAAAGAUCAAAAUAUAAA